UCGUGUCCUCGGGAAAUGCUAACCGGGGCGGCCGGUCACGUGACAGAACUGUAGCGCGACCUCAGCUUUCUGAUAGACGAUAGCAACAGACAAAUCGUAGUUCAAGAGCGAGAUCAUGCCAUUUUGAUUCAGUCAAGUGUUUUUUUCCUCACGUCUUCCACUUUAGGAAAGCACCGGCGCUGCGGCCAAACACCACGGGGCUGCCGCUUUUCUAUUUUUAGACGCCUUUCCGAGUUAGCUUGCCGAGGUUUAGCCCGUUAGCUAACAUCAACAUGAAUAUGGACAACGUGAAUCAGUCUGUUACAACCGGAGUCUCCGCUACGACGUCUUCAACUUCAAGCAACUGCAUCGCCAAUGACAACGCGACGACGAACGCCAGCAGCACGCCCUCAGCAACGAGCAACGCUGGAGCCUCAGCCCCCGCGGUGACACCAUCCGCGGACUCAUCAGUUUCCAAUGGGGUUUACCUUCCGAGUGGCAUCACAAAUGGAGACAUCAGACCUGCCGUCUCCACCACACCUCUGGCGGACUUCCUCAUGCAGCUGGAGGAUUACACUCCCACGAUUCCUGAUGCAGUUACAGGCUACUACCUCAAUAGGGCAGGCUUUGAGGCUUCUGACCCAAGGAUAAUCCGCCUGAUCUCCCUCGCUUCUCAGAAGUUUAUCUCAGACAUUGCCAACGAUGCGCUGCAGUACUGCAAAAUGAAGGGGACUGCUUCAGGCAGCUCCAGAAGUAAGACGAAGGAUAAAAAGUACACUCUGACGAUGGAAGACCUGACACUUGCCCUCUCUGAAUAUGGCGUAAAUGUCAAGAAACCUUAUUACUUCACAUAGAACGCAUUAUUUCAACCUACGUUUUGGUAGCACUGAGUGUCUUGCUAACCUCCUAGAGUCUCUCGCCAGCUUUGACAAAUGUUUUUUUGACCAUGGUUUGGUACCGCUUUGUAAAAUCUAAAGCCACUUGUCAUUUUUUUGUGACGCUCUCUUUGCAUUUAGUUAACUUGUGGAAUUUUGUUUUAUGAUGAAAAUAAAAAUAUUAACCAAAACUG